AGGUGACUUGUUUCUUUACUGGCCAAUGACUAACCAGACCACUCAUGACAUGGAAAAUGGAAUUGAUUUUGACAUGGUGACAAAGAUGAAGCACCAGGUGUCAGAAUAUGCUUUGCCUACAUUGACCAAACCCAGGAUUGCACUCUUAUUCUCCAUGCCUGAAAAAGAUAAACUGAUGGCAAUAAUGUCAGAUGAGGCUCUGAAUACCCUAAUGACAGCUAGUCAAGAAAUUGCCAGGACAGCAAGAGGAAAAGUCACUUUGAAUGCAGUAAUGGCUUUGAAUGAUCUUGAGCAGAUUCUGCCCCCACCUGUUGAUGAGCUCAGCAGCAAGAGCAGGUUCAUGGAGAAGAGAGCUUUAACCAGUUUACUGGCAGGUGUCGCUAUCGACUUGCCCAAUCCGGGAGAUUGGAGAAUAUUAGAUGGAAUGCAUGUGAAGCUCGCUCAUUUCCUUGUUCUCCGGGAAAAAUGUCCAGCGGAUAAUGGAAUCGGAAACGGUAGUAAUUUGGAGAUUAGGAGAACAGGCAGUGACCGCUCGACUGAGCAGGGAAGAAUUGCGUCCGCUCUCUUGUGUUUUCGCCGGUUUCAUAGUUCAGUGCCAGCUGAUCUGCAUUCCCUCACCGGUAACCUCACCUGUUUCGAUUCUCACCGCGAAGGUGCCGCU